GGGAUCGAAUGCCUGAUUCUGGGGGUCAUGGCAUAUGACCGCUACGUGGCCAUCUGUCACCCGCUACGCUAUGGCAUGUUCAUGAGCCAGAGGGUGUGCACUCUGUUGGCUGCAGCUGCCUGGGCCAUGGGCUUGACCAACUCGGCCGUGCACUCAUCCCUGAUGUCCAUCCUGUCCUUCUGCCGGGGCAACGUCCUCCACCACUUCUUCUGCGACAUCCCCCCGCUCUUCCAGCUCUCCUGCUCUGACACUCGGGCCAACCAGGCUGUCACCAUUGUUGUGGGAGGUGCUAUCGUCUUCAGCUCGUUGCUGGGGACCCUGGUGUCCUAUGUGCACAUCGCUAUGGCCGUCCUCAGGAUCCGCACGAGGGAAGGGCGCCUCAAGACCUUUUCCACCUGUACCUCCCACCUGACCGUGGUCAGCCUUUACUUUGGCACUAUCCUCUUCACCUACCUCCGCCCCAACUCCACCUACUCACAGGAGCAGGACCGGGCACUGCCCGUACUCUAUGGGAUCAUCAUCCCCAUGCUCAACCCCAUCAUCUACAGCCUGAGGAACAAGGAUGUGAAAGGGGCACUCCAAAAAGCUCUGG